CAUCGUGUUAGGUGAAUGAAACCUGGAUUCCUAUAUGAAAGUGAAACAAAGAGGGCAGUAGAGGAGCGCAGGGACGCCACGCCGACGAGAAUGGAGUUCCCGCAGCAGCAGAAAGCGGCGGAGGGCAAAAUAACUUACCCCCCAGGGGUGAAAGAAAUCACCGACAAAAUCAGCAACGAUGAGGUGGUCAAACGGCUCAAGAUGGUGGUGAAGACCUUCAUGGACAUGGACCAGGACUCUGAGGAAGAGAAGCAGCAGUAUCUGGCACUCGCCCUGCACCUGGCAUCCGAGUUCUUCCUACGCAACCCCAACAAGGACGUGCGGCUGCUGGUGGCCUGCUGCCUGGCGGACAUCUUCCGCAUCUACGCCCCUGAAGCGCCCUACACCUCCCAUGAUAAGCUGAAGGUACACUUGCUCACCUACACACAACGUUCUAACAUUCAUAGGGAGAUCACCCGCAAACUGACGUUCCCCAAGCAGCCCGCAAACCCGUUCCUGGAGAUGGUGAAGUUCCUGUUAGAGCGAAUCGCCCCAGUGCACAUAGACUCUGAGGCCAUCAGCGCCCUGGUGAAGCUGUUGAACAGGUCCAUAGAAGGGACCGCAGAUGACGACGACGAGGGCGUGACCCCCGACACCGCCAUCCGCUCAGGGCUCGAGCUGCUCAAGGUGCUGUCGUUCACCCACCCCACCUCCUUCCACUCGGCCGAGACGUACGAGUCGCUGCUGCAGUGCCUGAAGAUGGAGGACGACAAGGUGGCGGAAGCCGCCAUCCAGAUCUUCAGGAAUACGGGCCAGAAGAUCGAGGCGGAGCUGCCGCACAUACGAUCGACCCUGAUCCCCAUCCUGCACCACAAGGCCAAGAGGGGCACCCCACACCAGGCCAAGCAAGCUGUCCACUGCAUCCACGCCAUCUUCCACAACAAGGAGGUGCAGCUGGCACAGAUUUUUGAGCCCUUGUCCCGCAGCUUAAAUGCCGACGUUCCUGAGCAACUCAUCACCCCACUGGUGUCACUGGGCCAUAUCUCCAUGCUGGCGCCGGACCAGUUCGCCUCGCCCAUGAAGUCCAUCGUGGCCAACUUUAUCGUCAAAGACCUGCUGAUGAAUGACCGGUCGAUUGGCAACAAAGUCGGGAAGCUGUGGAGCUCCGAUGAGGAGGUGUCCCCAGAGGUCCUGGCCAAGGUCCAAGCCAUUAAGCUACUGGUGCGCUGGCUGCUGGGAAUGAAGAACAACCAGUCCAAGUCGGCCAACUCCACACUGCGUCUGCUGUCGGCAAUGCUGGUCAGUGAGGGCGACCUGACGGAGCAGAAGAAGAUCAGCAAAUCGGACAUGUCUCGGCUGCGGUUGGCGGCUGGCGGUGCCAUCAUGAAACUGGCACAGGAGCCCUGCUACCAUGACAUCAUUACUCCGGAGCAGUUCCAGCUGUGUGGUUUGGUCAUUAACGACGAGUGCUACCAGGUGCGGCAGAUCUUCGCCCAGAAGCUGCACAUGGCCCUAGCUAAGCUUGUCCUGCCCCUGGAGUACAUGGCCGUGUUUGCCCUGUGUGCCAAGGAUCCGGUGAAGGAGCGCCGUGCCCACGCCCGCCAGUGCCUGCUGAAGAACAUCAGUGUGCGCCGCGAGUACAUCAAGCAGAACCCCGUAGCCCAUGAGAAGUUACCCUCACUUCUGCCAGAGUACGUAGUGCCCUACAUGAUCCACCUGUUGGUCCACGACCCCGAUUUCACCAAGCCCCAGGACUUCGACCAACUCCGUGACCUCAAAGAGUGCUUGUGGUUCAUGCUGGAGGUGCUGAUGACAAAGAACGAGAACAACAGUCACGCCUUCCUCCGGAAGAUGGUCGAGAACAUCAAGCAGACCAAGGAUGCUCAGGCACCUGAUGACCCCAAGGCCAAUGAGAAGCUGUAUGUGGUGUGUGACGUCGCACUCUUCGUGAUCGUCAACAAGAGCACCUCCUGCCACUUGGACUCGCCCAAAGACCCCGUCUUGCCCACCAAGUUCUUCACUCCCCCUGACAAGGACUUUGUAAAUGAUAAGGAAUUCUUGUCAAUGGAGGCCAGAACCAUGCUUCUGACAGGGAAGCCCAAAGCCUCACCAGUGCUGGCCACGGUGAACAAGCCACUCACAGUGGCAGGGAGGAGACCGUACACCAAGAGCACGGCCUCAGAGAGCAGCGUCAGCCUGAGCGGUCACUCGGAGUCCAUCUCCCCAGCCGGGAACAGAACCAGGGUGGCGGGCGCAGAAGCCACAGGGCCAGGAGCGAGUGAGAACGAGGAGAAUCCGUUGUCGAAGGAGAGCAGCUCCGAAACAGGCCAGGCCAGCGUGAAAAAGCGGGGGGCGGGGGGGACACAGUCCCCCCACCCGGAGAACAACGUGGGACCCGAUGGCGCCACGGCGCCCGUGACCCCUACCCCAGUCCCUACUAAACCCAGACGAGGACGGCCGCCCAAGUCCCUCAGUGCGGGUGGGGCCACGAGUGCGGGUGGGGCUGGGAGAGGCAGGAAAAGAGCAGCGCCCACCCCCGACAAUACAGGCAGUCCCACAGUAGAGCCAAUCACCAUCAAGAUACCAAAACAGCAAGAGGCAGACGGCAAGAGGGCCAUGACACAACGGCAGAUGGACCUACAGAGGUAAAAGAAAAUGGCAACACAAACCAAGAUGCCAGGAGCUGCACGGGUCGGGACGUUUAUGGGGGCAACAGUGCUGUACAGACCCUGCAGAUCCCACGGACUCAAGCUCUUUGGACACUGGCUGUACUGGACUUCGUCACACCCGAGUACUGCUGCUCACGUACAGUUGAGAAGCAGAUCUCCUCAGGAGAGAAUCUCCAAGGAAUGAGCAGAGCCGUGCAGGCCCCCCUCCCCCUCCCCCCCCACCCCGCAGGCCUGAACAGCCACCCGACUUGCUGUCCACCUCACCCCCACUACUCUGAUCAUCAGAUUUCCUAUCCACACGUACAUCUUCGAUCCAGCCAAUGGCGCUCAACGUUCUGCUUAUCCCUCGUUCUGAUUUGCUGUUUCCCAUGAGGCAUUCUCAUUGGAUGACAUUGGAAGCCAAAUACUAGUCCCCAAGUACCUCCAUAAAAGUUGGGGAGAACUUAGCAUAGGCACUGAUGUGUAGAGGUCGCUUGUGCGACAUGUGCGUUGCCGAUAGUCGCUUAACCGCUUAACCUCCUGCUGCAUACAACCAGCGAGUGGCACUGGAUUUUCUUUUUUAAGGGGAAACAUUUCCAGAGGAUGGUGACACACCUAAGGUUUUUCUUCUUGAAAGCCCUGUGACCUUCAGCGGGGCUAACCCUAAUCCCAAGCCAUCCCAACUAUUUGGUUAUUUUCCCUCCUCCUCCUCUUUCUGCUUCCAUCGCUUUUAAAGGCUGCCAUCCCCAUUGGCUCUGCAUGAACGGUUAUUCACCUGCAUUUAAACCAAGUGGGGAUACAAGCUUUACGACGUGUUCCACCUCCCUCCCUCCUAGAGGCCUUUUUAAAUUAGAUUUUACAGUUUUAUAUUGUGACAGAAGUGUAUAAAACGAAACGAACGAUGCAGCCUUUUCUGCCUUCGUUGGACUGGUGAUGAUCACCACGGUCGACUUAUGUGUAAGAAAAGGUUUUGAAGUAUUAUAUACAUUAUAUAUAUAAAUAUAAAAAUUUGAUGCCUACAUCAAGGUUGAACUUGCUGUUAGACAUGGAAAUAUUUGAGAAUAUUUUAAAAUUUUCAGCUUUUUUAUUUUAGUGAUAUUCAUGUUGGCAUUAUUCCAGUUUUUUUUCUCCCCCCCCCCCAAGUUGAUGUGUACGGAUGUUGAACGCCUCACAUUUCCCCCCCCACCCUACCCACUAAAUAAUCAUUGUUGGCAGUCUGGUUGGUUGAACACCAUUUCAAAAACUCACAAUUCAGCACACCAGGUGAAUUGUAAUGGCCACUUUACUGGUUCAGAUGGUGGGCAUUUUAAGACUCGAACCGUACCACCUUGCGCUGUCUUGAUUUUGCUUUUGACUGAAUGCAGUUCACUAAAUCAGCUGUAUACUAUGGGAAUCAGCGGCGAGCCAAAGUUUCCAAGUUCUCCCUCAUCAGAAGCAGCAACGGAGGGGUCUGCGCCCAUUUCUAAAAGGACGGUCUACUUGUUCAUAUCGAAGGCCCUCAGAGAGCGACUCGGAACCCAGAACGAGAGCUGUGUUCAUGCUGAAACAAAUGUGAAUAAAUGUUACCUUUUGCCAUAUCACAUUGUCAAGAUGACAGAAUAAAUGCCUUUCCAUUCUUUUUAAA